AUGAGUGAUGACUUUUUACCAGAAAUGCCUUCCGCCUCUGAAUAUACGCUUUUACAGAAUAUUACGCCGAAGCAUAGUAUUAGGUGGAGACACAAGGAAAUAAUAAACACAAUUUCACCAGCUUGGUUUCCAUCCAUUGCUAUUGAUCCCAGAGUUGAAAGCCCAGUAGAUUAUUAUAACAGAUAUGUACCAAAACAAUUAUUUCAGGUUAUGGAUGAAAUGGCAAACUUAUACGCUACAUAUUCUAAUAAAGUAAGUCUUAAACCUACUACUGCCAAAGAAAUAGAAAUAUUGUCUGGAUUGCAUUUGGCCACUGAAAUAUUUGGGUAUCCUUGUUUGAAAAUGUAUCGGGAAACAAAUAUCAGCAUUCCUUUGUUUACUGAAAACAUGGCAAGGGACCGAUUUUUUGAGCUGCGUAACAAUUUACAUCUAGUUGAUAAUACAGCAAUAUCAGGUAAUUCUAAAGAUGCGCUUAUCGAAGUGCGCCUGAUCUUUGAUACUGUUAGAAAGAGAUGUUUAGAUUUACCACUCGAAAAAACCUUUGUGUUGACGAACAGAUUAUUCCUUUCACCGGAAAACAUGUUGCCAAACAGUAUAUAA